CCAAUUCUAAAACGCUUAAAGCGUUAGUUCUAAUUUUUAGAAAUGCGUUACGAAGCGUCAAUAAAAUGUAUUCCGCGCAUUCUGAUGUAUGGGAUUCACGAAUUUAUGAAAUACUUUAUUUAGUCAUCUUUAUUUUCCUGUUCUGUGAUCUGGCUAUGGCGGAAAACGUUCGACGUUCAGCUUCUUAUGAUAUUUUAAAUGACGAACAAAAAAAAGAUCUUGAAGGAUUAUUAUGAUCGAGGAAUGAUUUCAACAGCAGCUAGUAUGAGGGAUGUCAUCCAAGAAGCUGCGAACCAAGCUAAUAUCACGUUUGAAAGAGUCAAGAAAUGGAUUGGGAAUGAAAAGCAGUCCAGAAAAAGAAAAGCCAGCUCUCAUCAAGAUGAGGAGUUAAGACUGUGCCCUUCAAAGCGUAGAACUACAGCAUAUAAUCUUUUUUGCUCGCAUAUGCUGAACUCAGAGGAAUGCAAGCAGCUGAGCUCUAAUUCUGAGAGGUUGAAGUUAGCUGUAGACCACUGGAACUUGUUAGGGGCAGAGGAACGUGUGAUUUGGGCAGAAAGAGCAAAGGCUGUUCAAAGCAAUGACAUUCAUGACCUGACAGUUAAGCAGCGCACAAACCAAGUGAAAAAAGGGAAAAAGCAGCUUUUGUCACAGCUUACUUACUUAGAAAGUCUUGGUUGUGAAGCAGUUGUUUUAUUCUUGGAGCCUGGUGAUUCUUGUCUUCAACAGUUUGGAACAGAAAAAGGAAUCAACUUUUUGAAUAAAAAUGAAAAAAUUGGUGUCAAUUUCGUUGAGUAUUUGGAUUCUCCAAAACAGGUUGUCAGAAAGUACCGGGUGUGUGAUGUGAUAAAACUAUUCAACCAGAAAUACAGUGAAGCUUGUGGGAAAAUGUGCCGAGUACCUUAUUUAAAAGGAGGAUUUACUGUUACUGGUUUGCCAGAAGCUGAAGGCAUUGAAUCAUUGUCUACUGAAGAUAAGAUUUGGGGAUAUUGGUUAGACAAGAUGAGCUCAGAGCUAACUUAUAAACUCAUUAAAACCCAAAAAACAAACAUUAUUGGAUUAAACCUAAUCUGUUACCAGGACAAAGAAUUAGGAACUUUAAGGUUAAAAACCAAAAUUUUUACAUCCCAAAUAAGCAUACCUUUCGGUUUUCACACGUCUGUUCUGGAAUGCCUUGCUAAACAGGAUUUCCUGUAG